ACCAAAGUUCAACAUUGAUUUUUAUACAAUUCAGUGGGGUUUUCUACAUGGAAUAAAAGUUUCACUGCCCAUUUUCCAAUUUUCUCAAGACUCUCAUUAUUAUUGUCGUAAUUCAUAACUAGACCAACUUCUACUAAGUGUGGGACUUAUCAUUAAAAGCAGAACUAUGGCGAAUUGGGCAGCAAUAGGAUCGGUGAUUCUCCCCAACGCUGGGGGCUGGGCUAACGGUUUAUACUUCGCCGGUCAGAUCAGAAAGGAAGGUGGUAAGGCGUGGUACGAUGACCUGAAGAAACCGUCGUGGAACCCACCCAAGUGGGUGUUUGGACCGGCUUGGACAGUUCUAUACAGUGGGAUGGGUUAUGCGUCGUAUCUGGUCUAUGAGGAGUGUGGAGGAUUUACUGAUGACGCUGUGCUCCCGCUAUCCUUGUAUGGAGCGCAGCUCGCACUGAACUGGGCUUGGACGCCGAUAUUCUUCGGUCUUAGGGACCUGAAAUUGGCUUUCAUCGAGAUAUCCGUCCUGAGCGGUGCUGCCAUCGCCACCACAGUAUCGUUUUACUGUGUGAGUCGUAACGCUGCGGCGUUAAUGCUGCCAUAUUUGGGCUGGCUGGCUUACGCUUCCUCUCUGUCGUAUUACAUCUGGAAGAAUAAUGGCGACAAGAAGGAGUGAGAGGAUUAUGGAAGAAAUAAGGAGAGUAGAAGAUAGAAGAAGCACAACCUUCGAGACGAACAAAAAUAUCCGUGAUUUAAAUCUACUGCUUAACGUUCUUUGUUAACGCGCUGUAAUUGUGUGAGGUCUCCUCACUACUCCUGUUUAAUAGUUAAGUGUAAGUGUCCUUACUUAGAAUUGCAUUCCAAUGCAUUUAAUUUUUCUUCGAAUAUAUAUUGUAUAUAUCAAUAAAGGCUUAUAGGUUA